UGCACAUCUUUGCGGAUUAUUAUCAAUUUAUUACCAUUACUUGUUAGAUAGCUUUUUGAAUCUCAAUACACCAUGAUAUUGUUUUCUGUAAAACUGAAUACAUAAAUAUUUUUAAUCGUAUUCCCGUUCGUGUGUUUUUGUUGCGAUAAAAAAAUGAAUUUUGAGAAGAACAGGUUGGAUACAUUUGGGACUUGGCCCGCCUCAGCUCCUGUUGAGCCAAUACGAAUCGCAAAAGCGGGUUUCUAUUACACGGGCCAAGGUACAGAGGUGCAAUGUUUUAGUUGUGAUGGUAAAAUAUCGCAGUGGAACUAUGGUGAUCAAGUGAUGUGGCGUCACAGGCAAUUGGAGCCCAGUUGUGCGUUUGUAGUGAAUCCCGACCAAUCUGGGAACGUGCCUAUCGUGCUUAACUCCUCAAGUGAUUCCCCAAUCGAAUGUCCUCCGGACGAGUGGAACCCGGCAGAUUGGUCCUUCACAUUUGGACAACAUGAGGUUGAAGAAGAAUAUGGAAACUUUGAACACUAUGGAGUCAAUGAAGACGAUUUCUUGUACCGAAAUGAUGCGCUACGGCUGUUGUCUUUUAGCAAUUGGGUUGAUGGUUCAAUAUCCAGAGAGGCUUUAGCUGCUGCGGGGUUCUACCAUUCUGGGGAGGGUAGACUUCGGUGUGCGUGGUGCGGAGGGGAGUUGGCUCCGUUUAGAAGAUUCGGAUCACUGGGGGCCCCAUUAGAAGUACAUAGAAUGUAUUUCCCGAACUGCGCGCACGCCCAAAGGCUUAUGGAGUCAGCCAGGGAUGUGACCCGUCAGAUACAGGAGGCCCGCGCGGCGGCGCCGCCGAGGGUCCGAAGGGACGAGUCUCCGGGGUACUCUUUCAGUGACUCGAUGUCUGAGCCCGAGAGGGCGGAAGGGACGCCUCCUCUCCCCGAGCCACCAAGUCAAUCAAAUGUCAUUGUUGACAACAGGUCAGGUGCAGAGCACAACACUCGCUUACUGGAUGGGAACACUUGGCGCAACCUCGGCGUGGUGAGCGGAUGCGCGAGGAAUCCGUCGCAGGCGUCGCUGGCCGCGCGACUGGCCACAUUCUCGCGGUGGCCGACUGACCGCCCUCAGGCCCCGCAAACGCUGGCCGAGGCUGGAUUCUAUUACUCGGGGAAUGAAGAUCAUGUUCGUUGCUUCUACUGCGACGGCGGCCUUGCCAAAUGGGAGACGACUGACAAGCCGUGGGACGAGCAUGCGCAUUGGUUCCCGCAUUGUGGCUACGUGCUGCUUAUCAAGGGACGGGAUUUCGUCGAAACUUGCCGCAAAAAGCCAUCGCAAGGCCAGGUGGAGCGGACUCUAUCAUCUGACAACGCGCGAAGGCGGAGGGGUAAUAAUAAUAACAACAACAAUCCAGCAGCCGCCAACCCUCCUCCACAGUCAGUACUAGACACACAGGUGGAAACGGUUAUGGAUAGUAACAUCGUGACGGCCGCGCUGGGAGCUGGCCUCGACGCGGCGAGGGUCCGCAGGGCUAUAACUCGAAGGCUGCGCGCUACUGGCAUCCCAUACGGUUCAGCGGAGGCGCUUAUAGACGCGGUGUUGAACGAACAACUCAACGAGGAGGCUUGGAGCGUGAACCCCCAAAGCCAACAGUUGGCCCGCGACAUACUAGCGGAGACACUAAUGGAAAUAUCGCCUAGGGUUGGUAACCAGAUGCCUACGUCAUGGGAGGACAACCAGCCCGAGCGUCGUCUGACCAUAACGCUUCCCCGAGAACCGAGAGAGUUAAUUUUCAACACAGCAGAUCCGAGAGCAUUUUCUCCGGCCAUUUUCUUCACUAACCGUGCCUCUACCACCCCUAGCCCCCCUCCCCCCGUCUUCGGGGCCCCCCACGCCCCUUGCUUCGUAGAAGCCCCUAGCACAACAGAUGCCCCUAGCGCAACAGAUGCCCCUAGCGCAACAGAUGCCCCUAGCGCAACAGAUGCCCCUAGCGUAACAGAUGCCCCCCCUGCUCUUCCUGCCCCUCCUGCCCCUCCCGUGAAAGGGGAUGAAGCGAAGAAGGAAGAAGUGGAUGGUAAAGAGAAAAAGGAAGAAAAGACUCUGACGCUCGAGGAAGAAAAUCGGCAGCUAAAAGAGGCCAGGGUGUGCAAGGUGUGCAUGGAUAAUGAGGUGAGCGUGGUGUUCCUGCCGUGCGGGCACCUGGUGUCGUGCGCGGGCUGCGGCGCGGCGCUGUCGGCGUGCCCUCUGUGCCGCUGCUCCGUGCGCGCGCUCGUGCGGGCCUACCUCGCCUAGGGCACAGGUCCAAUAAUGGCGGUAAACGGCCACGUGCAUCAGCUACCAGUUUUCCGUUGCGUUACUUUAUCUCUGACUACUAGGUGUAUUAGGUAUGUAUUACAAUAAAUAUUAUAUUAUGUAUGGAUAUUCAUUACAUUUAGGCCUACAUGUGAUGUAUGCUCGUAGUGCAUAUCGGUGAUAACCGAAAACGGUAAAAUUAAUUUUAACUUGCUAUUUAUAAUUAUAUUUUAUUUAUAAGCGUAUGUAUGACCACUGAGUCGUUUUUGUAAUAUAACUAGCUUUUGCCGGUAAAUUGCAGUUGUAAUCCGAACAAACAUUAUAAUCCUGUAAUGAAUUUGUGACCGAUAAUAUAAGGUUAUUCUGAAACAAUCAUUCUUUAUGGCAUUAGUGUGCCAUAAAGAAUGACUGUCGUCGAUAAGUCGAUUCUUUGUUUUUUCUACUGUAUGGAUUAAAUUGAUUUAAAAAGGCUAUCUUUGAAUCGAUUAUUUAUAAUCGUUGUCGGUUAAUUCCGUCGUCGCUACAGACUUAAAUAUAUAGAUUUACUUGCCAUUUCAUAAUUUAAGAACCUUGACUGCUGUCACUCUUAUCUCACUACUUAAUAUGAACAACAAAAAAGUAAAAUUUAUAAUAAUGAACUAUGUAUACCUUAUCAUCAUUAUCGAAUAAUUUAGGUUUAAUUAAUUUAGAAAUUAACAAAUAGAUAUUAUGUAUUUAUUUAUUAAAAUUUAAAAAAAAUCGAAUUUCUCUAAAUAUUGUCGUUUACAAACAACACACCCAAAUAGUCGUAAUGUUUAUUUCCGUUAUUCCGAAAUAUAUUUGGAAAUAUCAUUGUCUAUAAAUAGAUUAGUGAUAAUUAACGAGAGGGUGGUAAAAUGGACCCCAGUGUAUAAUCCUAUGAAAGUACUUUUAGUGAAACGGUUUUAGAGCUCACUUUACUAUUAAUAUUAGAUUGUAUAACCCAUGGUGUAGAUGUGUGCGAUUCAAUACAAUAGUUGUCUGUGAAACGGCUUGAUUCAAUGUGAACCUUAUUCGUGUGAGAUUAUGUCUCCACUUAAGUAAGUAAGCAUUACAUUUAGCGUGAGAAGUAUGGUUGAAAGGCAAGAUUAAAAACCCAAUAUCUUAAACUUUAAAGAUCACCUUUCCCUUACUUUUUGCUCCAAAUAUGUGAUUUCAAGAUCUUAGCUCGUGUCGUAGGUUUAAAACCAUUAAUAUAAUAGGUACUUAUAACAUUAACAUACCCUGCGCAGCUUGUAGUUUCUGUUUAGUGAAAUAUGACAAACAAAAGAUUUCUGUACUUUCCAACCACAAACAAAUACAUAUAAAUAGCGUAACAUUUAAUAAUACAUAAGGCCCAGAACACACGGUGAAACGCAACUGCAACUUCUAGUUACUUUUGAGUUGCAUCUAAGUUUCUGCCAUAGCGUCCGUUGAGAGACCACACAUGACGCGACCAGUUUGAAACGCGUUGCAAAUCAGUCGCAUUGAAACCGUCGCGCAGGAAACUCGCGUUGCGUUUCAUUCAUCGGCUUCUUUUGUACAAAAUGGCUGACGACGAACAAAAAAACAUUACAUUUGUGUUAGAAGUGGAAAAGUAUCCUUGCUUGUAUAAUACCACACUAUCAAGCUACUCUCGCUCUCAAAAAAUUCAUUUUGCAGACGUCUGUUCUCAAAGAAAACGAAAUAAUUGUGGUUGCAGCGUGUGUGGAAAAUGGUUGAAACUGGUUUCUAAUCAAUAAUUUCAAAAGGGUUUCGUUGCAGUUGCGUUUCACCGUCUGUUCUAGGCCUUAGAGUCGUGAAAACUUCACAUA